UCACAGGCCUUGCUCCCUGGUGCGUAUAUCUGGGAUAUAUACUACUAGGCGCCCGCGUCUGCGCUUUUUUUCUCCCAUCUGGGCGCUCGUCAGCCGAGGAGAAUCCCUAUAAACAUUACGCGUCCUGCAGAUACCGCUAUGAGAGCAACGAGAAACCCAACCGAAGUCGACCAAUUAGUCAAGACAGAUCGCCCCGAAGCUACCAAAGAUGCCACAGUCUGUCGAUUUGCAUGUCAAGUCGUCGACACCGCCAACGCGACAGAACCCCGGUGCAGCCUGUGAAGAAUGUCGUCGUCGUAAAGUCCGCUGUGACCGGCAGCAGCCUUCAUGCGGCCUCUGCCUGUCAUCUGGCGUGCAGUGCCAAGUCACCACACCACGUCCUCCUCGCGGCCCGAAGCGAGGUUAUCUGAAAGCAUUGCAAGCCCGCAUCGCAACGCUGGAGGGAACGUUGCUCCAGCAGCAACACCAGCAACACCAGCAACAGCACCACCCCCGAGAUAGCAGCACAGCCGUGACAAUCUCUCCUGAAGACACCACCAUCGAUGGCCUAACAUUCCACGACAAUCAACCGCUAACAUGGGACUUCCCCAUAACAACCGACGAAAAUGUGUCACUGCACGAGCUGUGUGUGGGGACAGCGCCAGGUACCGCAUCGGGAGGGUCAUCGUUGGAUGGGGGAUCGGUGCAAACAUCAACGUCACCCAUACAGGGAUUCGAGACUCCGGAUACGGUGGGAUUCUCGGACGUGAUGCUUGGCGGGAAGAUGUCGGACGUUCCGGACAACCUCGAUGGCAUGAACAUAUCCAAUUUAAUGCAGGCAGAUCUGGACCAGCUAUACUUUGACAGGGUGCACGCCUUCGCCCCCGUCAUACACCAAAGACGGUAUUUCUCCUGGGCGCGCAGCGUGGCUAAGACGGAGGCCCAAUCAUGCUUACGACUGGCCAUGUGGACCUUGGCCGCAUCCGUAUCCGCGCACUAUCAGAACAUCGGAGAUUCGCUAUACCGCUACACUCGCCGGGCGCUCGAGAACCUCGACUCGAAAUGCAUGGGCUUCACGAUGACGGAGGUGGAGCAGGUCCAGGCCUGGCUCCUCCUCGCCAUUCACGAGUUCAUGUGCGUUGACUUCGGCCGGGGCUGGGUGAGCGCCGGGCGCGCGUUUCGCUUGAUACAAUUCAACUGGCUCCAAUACUCAGAUGGGCCGGAGGUGAGCCUGGCGCAGACCGAUUGGGUCGACGGCGAGCAGAAAAGAAGGACGUUUUGGCUCGCCUACUGCGUGGACCGUUUUGUCAGCAUUCGGAAUAAUUCCACCAUGACCUUUAACGAACAGGCUAUGACAACGAUCCGUUUGCCAGCUCUGGAAUCGGAAUUCCAGAAUGAACAGGCGACCUUGACCGGAUUCCUGUCGGAGGCGAUAACUGCGAGGGACACUAUCGUCACGUCGAUGUUCACAGAGUGCAUCGUGGUAGCGACGGUGAUGGGCCGUGCCCUCGCACACCGCCAGCAGUCGCUAGUCGAUAACAUCUACCUGCGCGAGACGCGGGACUUCUGGGAACGGCACGAGUGGGUCCACACGAUUCUAAUGCAGCGGAUGGACGUCUUCUCGAUGCACUACCCGUCUGCGGUGCAGGAGGCGGAGCCAAUGCUGCUCUUCAUUGGUAUGAUGUGGCGCACGACGGUGCUUUACAUGUACCAGCUCGUCAAGUCAGCUGCACAGCAAUGUCAGCAACCGCCCGCGGACGAGAAGAGGCCCGCCGCCCUAAUGGACUACACACGGCAGUCAACUCUCGCCGCCAAGGAGAUGGUGGGCUUGACGAAGAAGCUGUCACAGCUCAACUCCUUCAAGAUACACCCUCUCACGCCGAUCCCCCUAUCGCUAUGCGCUGAAUUUUUCGUGUCGUAUCACGAGCUGGGCGACACAUACAGCAAGCAGCUUCAGGACAUCACAGAAGCAAUGAACGGUCUAAUGAGUUUCAGCAAUCUGGGGCCGGGCCUCAGCGCCUACCCGAGGUAGAAGCGAUGUUGAAUGUCAAUAACAUUUUGUGCUCUAGUUUUAUUGUUGCCUAUCGGUGUUCCUUUUUGCGGCGGGUUUCCCCGUACAUCACACCGUGUGCGAUGGUAUCUGAAUACGUACUUAGAAUUGGU